UUUCAAAAACAACACCAGCAAAACAAAUGCGACCAUGUACAGCGUGGAGGACCUACUUAUCUCUCAUGGAUACAAGCUGCCCCAAAACACCUCUACCGCCCCCACUACAGUCUCCCCCACCCCCCCGUCCUCCUACGAUAACAAGCGUUACGGCGACCCUUCCUCCUGUCGCCAGGAGAUCUUAGAGAGCCGGUCUGGUGGUGGUCACGGCACGGUGAACGGGUAUGAGAUAGACUCUGCUCCGGGGGUAUAUGUGUACGGCAACAAUAACUGCAGGAAGCCCCAGCCACCAGCCCCAACCAAAAGCUACUCCUCGAGUCACACUGACAAUGCAUGGAGGGACAGGAACAGCCAACCACAGAGGAGGGAAGCCGACAGCGGUAACCAAGGUGACACCCACUCCUUGGGCGAUUCUCUCACGACAGAUAGCGGGUUCUGUGAGGGGCCCAGAGGGGUGUAUUCAGAGUCCAGGGGCCACCGAGACGUGUCCUACUGGAGGAGGAGAGGCCAGGACUUCAGUGUUCUCCUGGAUUACGCUGACUUCAGAGAACCUCGAGGAGGAGGCUAUAGAUCAGAGGGGGUGCAGCAGCCGCAGAGGCAGGAGGUGCCCCCAGAGGAUCAGCGGCAGCAGCGUGAGAGGCAGCGUUGGGCAGUCCAGUCCCAGGCCCAGUCCCGCUCCAAGCAGAGAGAGGCAGCGCUGCAGCAGUGGACGACGGCUGCCGUAGAGAGGAAGUGUCAGAGCCUGGGCACGGACGAGUGGCGACCCGCCGUUGUCAGCUUCGCCCGCCAGCUCUCGGACAGCGAGGGCGACAGUUGGGCUCGGGCUCAGGAGCAGCAGCAACUGCAGCAGCGCCACCUCCGGACACCGGAUGGCGCUGUGGUUGUAAUGGGGCCCAGGAACAAAGGGAAGUCCCAGUCUCUGCCCCGAAUGCUGCCGCCGGACAGCCUGCAAUACGUUGCCAUGUCUGGGUCUGUUGGGUCUGGGCAGGACGUGUACAGGAAGGUCAACGGCCAUCCAGGGUCCCAUCACGACCCUUACAACAGAUAUAACCACAACCAGGCUGGGACAGGGGACAGGGACAGGUGGUCUGAGAAUGACAGCAGACCAUCCAGUCAGGCUAGUAUGGCCAGCCAGCUUAGCCAGGCCUCUCUGGUACCAAAGACCCGGUUCAGCCGUCCCCUGCGGCCUCCGUCCUACGAGGUGCACCAGCAGACCCGGGGGAGUUCUGAGACGCUGUCAGGAGAACCAGCAGCAGCAUCAACUCCACAGCCCCAGGCCAGGGACAGAACCCCCCUCCCCCACCCCAGGAUGGGUGACCCCAGGCUGGACUAUUAUUCACAAGAUGGAGGGUCCGGCACGGAUCCUCCAGGUUAUAUCCCUCCCCCAUCGUAUCCCCCCAAGAGAGCUCCGCUUAUGAGAGGGGGCCAUGGAGGUCACAGGGGCUAUGGAGAGGUCCCAGUGAACUACAGGUACCACCAGGUGUUCCAGCAGCAACAGAUGCGUGGGACCCCGGACCCCUGGUUCAGUAGCAGACACACCGGUGGAGGAGGGUCCUGGCCAGAGCCUCAGAGAGAGCCCCUCCGAGAGAGGAGCAUGCCCCACCGGAAGCAGCUCUACCCUGGCUACAGCGAGCAGCAGCACCAGCCGGGCCUGGGUCCUGGCAUCCAGUAUGUCCACGACCCACGUGUCCGACAAAAUUCCGGGGGAGGAAGCUCGUCUCUAGGCGGGGGAGGCAACUCCAUGACGGACCCCGACAACAUUCGCCACAUCCGUAACUCCACAUCCUCUGAGCUUCCCAGUGUCACCGUGUCAGACCACUCGUCUGAUGACAGUGCCUUCCUGUCCCUCGCCUCCACGGGGGCCCCGCCGACACUUGCCAGCACGUCAGAUCCAGCCAGUCCGACAACACCGAAGUCUUCUAGCGACUAUGACAAUAAGAAUAACCGGUGGAAGCAGCAGCACAGCGAUUUGCACAAAGAGACUGACUCACUAGAUAACUUCCCAGCAGCAACUGACCAAAACUGUAACAGGUAUAAUCCCAAAAACAACCUAGGUGGUUUCUCUGCCUUCCAACCCCCAGCCACGGCUUCAUCGGUGCUUCUUAGCUCCAGCUCAGACCAAGGAUUCUCGGAAACAACCAUCACGCAGGUGAAGAAGAUAGUUCCAGGAGACUCGGGGGUAGACCACAACAACAGAAACUCUAAGAGGAAGUCUCACAGUGAGACCAUAUUCUGCCUGGUGUCUGUCCCCAUCCACAUGCAGCAACAACAAACCAAUAAAGACUCAGUCUCCACAGCAGACCAGAACAAUAACGAGAAGAUGCCUGACAGUCUGCCAAGUAGUCUGCCAAUCGUGAGCGUCUUCGCCACAGAAGACAACCAAAACACUGUGGUCCAAUCAGACAACAGCCAAAGCCUCCGUAGCAAGUCGUUAUCAGACAUGGGUCUCAAACCCCCGUCCCACACCAGCAGCUUCAGUUCUAUGAGAAGCACCAGGAAGGGUCCUCUGAGGAAGGAGAUAGUAGACGCCUGGUCACUCCAGGCCAGUGCUGACAAGGAGCUGUGCUAUGCCGGCUCCUGGCCCGGGGACCAGUACAGGAACCAGGAAACCCAGACCAGCUCCCCCGUGAAGGGUCCUGGGUGUACAGGGGGGACAGGUCAGCCUGGAGGACAGGGGGGUCAGGAGCCAGGCCACCCGGCCUCAGACACAACCACAGACAGCGGCAUGGGACCCGACUGCAGCUCUGUGUCCGCCUCCUACGGCGUGGGCUACCCCAUGAAAGGCCAGAAGAACCUCCACCCGUCCAGCAACAGCGCCUUCUCCCGCCUCAGUAUCAGCCCGGCCCAGCCCCUGUCACUUCCAUCACUCGCACCCCAGCCUCUACCCUCUGGAUCUGGGGAGGAGAGAGACCAACAUACCUCCACAUCCAGAAAGACUGGUGCUACUACCACCACCUCCAACACCACUACCAAACCCCCAGACGAUGUCAACGCUAACAGCCAGGGCCAGGUGGCGUUUGGUCAGUUCCUGCUGAAGCCGGUGAGCCGGCGGCCGUGGGACGCCAUCGAGGAGCUGGAGUGUUUCAACAAGGCUGCAGGUGUAGAACUAGACCAGAUCCAGAAGAACCAGAAGGUCCAGCCCAGGAGACCCAGUGUGGACCAGUGUAUAGAUGACCUGGACGAGGUGUACAGGAACAUCAUGGAGCUGAGUGGAGAAGACAUAGCCCCUCCCCCUCUAGAUUCUGAGCGGGAGACAGUUAGCCUUCCAGACCAGCGCCUGAAUAACAAACCCAACAACAACGUCCCUACCAUCAGGCCCAGACUAGACAGCUGGGGCCCUGGUUCCUCUAUAGACCCAGAAUAUAGGGAGGUGAGGAGUGCCUUCUCCAGGCCCCAGCCCCAGAACAGGACCAGCAUCCCCAGACCACUGAGAGAGGACCUGGUGCCAACUGGUUUCAGAGACUACAAACUCCACAAUGAACAGAGUGACCACAAGGAAACCUAUGACCCCAGGCUUACCUACAGGCAGGAGCAGGACGUCGCCAAGGAGUCUCUACUGAGGGACGUGGGGCUCACCGUCUACACUGAGGCCCCUGGGAGUCUCGGAGAGCAGGACCAGCACUGUGGCCCCACAUUCAAACCGCUCACAUCGUUAGACCACGAGGAACUAUGUCACAACGUACAGCUAUUAUGGGAGAGCGGAGAGAAACCAUCUCUAGCCAAAAGCAGCCAGGUUGAGAUUGCGCACAUCCGUGAGGGCAGUAAUAAGGACGAGCUGGGCCCCACUAAAGUAGUGGAAGAGGAGAGGAAGGUAAAGCUGGAUAAUGUGCCCGUCGUGCCACCCAGAUUCAGAGGCCAUGCGCCCAAUCUGAACAUCCGCAGGGCACGGAGUGAGAACAGCAGGUCGCCAAGAGGUGAAGGGUUGCGGGGGUCACCACGACCCGGCAGGCUGACCCGGGAGGCAGCGAUCGCCUUCAAGGAUGGCGACUACAGAUACAGCGUCAGCUCCGAUCCUCUGAGUUGGCGUAACGAGGCGACGUUGGCAGAUCGACACCUGGAGACCCUGCUGAUCAAGGAGAAGGCGAACACCAGGCCCACGGAGGACCUGAGUAAUCUAUAUGAGGUGAAGUGUGCCAAGGGGAUCCCUGAGAACGAGACGAUGGAGCAGAGAGCAGCCAGGAUACUGGGGAUAGACGUAGCCCCGGAUUCACUGCAGAGCCGGGUCCAGGAGAGAGAGGAGGAGUCACUGCAGGGGAUGGUGGAGGAGAGCGAGGAGGAAGGAGAGACUGGCAUAGGUGAAACGCAGGCGCACAGCCCUUACAGAGAGCAGCAGAACCAAUAUGACACAAAGGCUGGGGGAGAGACACCAGAACUCCAUCCAGAAGGAGCACAGGCUGUGGAAUCACUGGGCCUGGUUGAACAGAAAGAGGAGGAGCAGGAGCGUAGAGACAACACAGAGAAUCAGAGACAACACAAAGAAGAAACCCAGGAGCACAGUCCGGACAGAGACACGGAGACAAAGCAUGUGAGAAGACAGUACGAACAAGUGAUGGAGGUAGACGUAUCCGUGGUUACCUUGGGAGAGGAGAAAGGAGGAGGACCCAGUAAGGAUGACAGCCUAUCAGUAUAUGAAGACAGACAUUCUGGAGGAGGUGGAGAGAGCCAGAGCCACCCCUCCAUGGUGCUGGAGCUACCGGAGUUCCCUCCCAGUAGUCUGCCCCUGUCUCUGCCCAUGACCCGAGACGAGGAGCUGGCCCUCAGCGUGCUGAGUGUGGGAGGGGGUGGGGAGAGGCAAGGAAAGAAGGGACACGGUAGUGGUGGUGCCUCCCCCAGGCUCUCCUCGUCCCCCUCCUCCAUAUCACCUGGCUGCACGGAGAGCAUGGCCCACAUGGAUGAGCCGUUCUCCGUCUCCUGCAUCCGUGUCAGGAGUUCAGGAGAGGCAGAACCAGAACAAGAGACCGGGGUAGUGGUAGAGGCAGAGCGAGAGAACGACGCAAACCCAGGGGAAGGGAUGAGGCAGGCAGAGGAGAAGAGAAAGAGUGGGGAGAUGGAGGAGUUGAGGAUGGAGUCCAAGGCGGAGGGGGAAGAGUUAGAAGAUGAGCCAGAGGUCGUGCAGGAGGAGGAGGAGAAAGAGGAAGUCCAAAUCAAGGGGAAGAAGGAUGAGGAGAAAGAGCCAAAGACGAAAAGAGAGGAGAAGACAAGAGAGGGGCAGGAGGUGGAGAAGGAUAAGGUGGUAGAGCCAGAUGAGAAAAUAGAGGGGCAGGAGGUGGAGAAGGAUGAGGUGGUAGAGCCAGAUGAGAAAAGAGAGGGGCAGGAGGCGGAGAGGAGUGAGAAACCAGAUGUCCAACAGGAGGUUAGGCCAGAGCCGGUCUCCAGACCUAUGAAACCUCCUCUCCUCCCCAAGCCUAUCCCUAAACCUCGUAGCGGCACGGUGGCCAAGAGGGAGAUCACCCUCCCCCUGAGCUUCAGUGUGUCUUCCAGUGGCUCCUCUCCCACCCUAGAGGACGGCGAGAUGCUCUCGGACUCCUAUGAUCCUAGUCGAGUGGAGAGAGUGUAACCUCGACCUCUAUCAAUACCUUGGACAUCUGGGGGGAAAUUGGCUUUGGUCACCGCUCCGUCCGCCCAUCCGUCCGUAAACUUUUCAGUCAAUGCCUUUGUGUGUCUCCCAAAUAGCACCCUAUUCCCUAUAUAGUGCACUUCUUUUGACCAGAACUCUAUCGGCCCUGGCCAAAAGUAGUGCACUAGAUAGGGAAUUAGGACACAAACUUCAUCUCACCCCAUUACCCCCCCCCCCCCCCCCCUCCAACCACUGUGCACCCUUUUCACCAGUACAAGCAUUGUUUACGCAACAGCAACAGUCUAUAAUGUCUGUCUGACUCUUGGUGCUCCAAUGGCCUCUCGACUGCCAAACAAGAGAACCACCUGGACAUACUUCUACUUAUCCUCCUCUUCCUCCUCUUCACCAUCCUCCUCUCCUUCCAGACGCUUCCAGUCAUUAGUGUCCUACUUUUGACUAGGGCCCUUAGGGCUCUGGUAAAAAGUAGUACACUGUAUAGUAAAUAGGGUGCCAUUUGGGACGUUAGCUGGGUUUUCUUGGAAUUGCAUGUCUGUCAUCAACUGUCUCACAAAUCCCAAUACAACAGCACUGUGGUUCCUUCCUAGAGGCCUGAUGUUGGAAUAUGAAUGUAAAGAAGUGCUUCUGCUUUUCAAACACAAACCGUUACUAUGAGAUGAAUCCACAAAAAGACAAACGUCUCGCAUUACAAUCAGUGUUACUUAUGCACACACCAAAUGUAAAUAACCAGUGUUACUUUAUGCACACACCAAAUGUAGAUAAGCAUUAUAGAGGUUUAAGGUUUUAUUCCAACAUACUUUUGUGAGGUUUGUUGCUGAACUGUAUAUUUUCUUACCUGCGUUGAGAACUUAAAUGUCGAAGAAGAAUCCGAUUUUGAAAGCUAUACUCUUGAGAUGUUAUUACCAAUGGAUACAUCUUUCCUGUUUUCUGUUAUUGGCCGUGAGCCUGAGAAUGUAAUUCAAUACGAGGCUGGACCAGAUUGAGAAUAGCCUGGUCCCGGAUUUGUUUUUGCUGUCCUGCCACCUAUGGUCAUUGGUUUGACAGUUGGAAUGACGGCACAGACAGAUCUGGGAUCAGGCUAGAUAUAAAACACUGUGGUGUUUGACAAAAGUGUCACUCAGAGCAAUACUGUUGUUACACAGGGCUUCUCUUGCGGCUGCUUUGAGAGAGCAGCCGAGAGCCUGUGUCCUGUAAGGCCCAAUCCCAAACUGCCCCCUAGACACCUACAUUUGAGAUGGGGCCCAAGACAUUGAUCUCAUUACAAAUCGUUGCGUUAAAUCUCUACCAUUUGGUACUGAGAGCACCAGAGGUGGCACUGUUAGCUAACGUCACUGGUCCUGUGUCAACCGUCUGUGAGUCGCUGGUGGUUCACCGUCGGAGGGGUUCCUCGGGUGAAUGCGAGGACCGUUUCCUUUCAUUUCUAGUGUCAGGACCGUGUCAGGACCGUGUCAGGACCGUGUCAGGACCGUGUCAGGGGUCAGAUUUUGUUCUUUCAGCAUCAGCAAUCGCAGCUGCAUUUCAUUUCGCAAAAUGUAUUUAUUUUUGUUAAUCCUCAUACUGUACAAAAAAAGAAGUAUAUUUUAAGUAUAUUUUCAAAUGUAAAAGAGGUUUAUAUUUAACCGUGCAGUUUCAUUUGCUCACAUAAAUCAAUUUUUGAGAUAUCACGUGAAUAUAUCACAUUUUUUCCAAAGUGCUUUUUUUUUGCAAGGAACAAUAGAUAGACAUGUAAGGAUCUCAGUGUGCCUUGUACACACUUCUGUUUCUGUGGUAGGCUGAGUCCCAAAUAGCAACCUAUGCCACAGUGCACUGCUUUUUGACCAGAGCCCUAUUGACCCUAGUCAAAAUGAGUGGACUAUGUAGGGCAGGGGUACUCAACUCUUACCCUAUGAGGUCAGCAGCCGGCUGUUCUUCUGUUCUACCUAAUUAUUAAUUGCACCCACCUGGGAGGUGUAAAUCAGUCCCUGAUUAGAAGGGAACAAUGAAAAAAUGCAGCGGAACUGGCUUCAAGGUCCAGAGUUGAGUUGGAGGGAUAUAGGGGAUAUGCUGCCAUUUUGAGGCGUACCAAAUGUUUAACACAUACAGUAUGUGUACUUUAAUGGCUAAGCUCAUUUUCUUAUUUCAACUGGACAUGUUGUAAUUCAUCCUUAAUUGUAUAUGGAUAAGACCAUUUUGUGUUAUUUUGGCAAUAAUAAUUAAAUGUAUGUUAUGGAAAUCAAAACUAUAUCUUUGAUAUAUAAAAUGUUAAUUCAUUAACCUGAUAAAUGUAAACAUUCAACAUAUCAAACGCCUUGUAAGCUGGCAAAGCAUAGCAAUUCAUAUGUUUACAUGCUCUUCACUAAGGAUUUAAUUGUAAUUGUUAUACACCUUUAUGUUGUUGCUCAAAUAACUGGCUUGCAUAUCACAUUAGACUAUAUGUAAGGCCGUGUGUGUCAUCAACCAGUACUUGUUGAAAGAUCUAAGUCUAAUUCUGAACCAAAACAGGUUUCCAUGUAUAAAGACUUCAAUAUGUUAUUUUUCCCCGCUUGCUACAAACAUACUGCUAUUAUCUUAACCCCGGGAUUGAAUUUAUGCGGUACGGAUGGAUGUUGCGUAAGCAGGAAGUCAGUUUGAGCUUUGAGUUUGUGAUACAGUAGCCCUGAUAUCAAGCACAGGAUAAUGUUGACACCAUAGAAUUAGAAUGAUUGAAAUUCUAAGUAUGAUUCUACUUCUAAUCAUUGUAAUUCUAUGGUUGACACUACCAACCCUUUGCCCUGUAACUCUAGGCUAGGUUCCAGGUGGACUAUCGUUAAAUGGUCAUUCUCAAAGACCUUUUGUACUGCAAGCUAUUUGUAACAUAGAUACUAUCGUUGCAUAUCUUGCUGUGAUGUUUUCUAUUUUCAUACAAAGUCUGUACAGCUUUUUUUUGUACGUGCAUACAGGCAUCCAUUUUCUUUUUGUUAUUGCAUGUGAUUCGUAAGAAGGUGUUAUGGAGAGAGAGGUAUUUGCAUAUAAUCGCAUUUGGUACUAUAGUCUACCCAAUAAGCAGCUGUUAUAUUUCAUAUAAUGCAUAUUUUAUUUCCAAAAAUGUUAUGCCACGUAUUUAAAAUGAAAGCAAGUUAUUUUUUUGAGUAUUGUAAAAAGGGAACUCUGUUUUUGGAGCCACAUGUUUGUCUGUAUUCAUGUUAUGAUCAUUAAAAAGGAGCAUACAUACAGUCAGAGUGUGCUAGUGUUGUAUAACAUUGCAGAUUAUUCAUAAAUAAACUCUUCGCAUGUAA